CUUCUGUUGGAUGGCAGCUGCACCUAGGUGACACGUAACUAAAAUUAAAGGUGCAGUAUAGGCCGUGUUUGUUCUUAUUUGUUAGCUGUUUUUGAAGUUUGCAAGAAAUAGGUAGCUGCAGUACCAUCUAAAUAUCUACAUACAGCGUUUUCUACCCUGGGUCGCAGGGAGAAUAAGUAUUGCCAGGCGGUUAUUUCAUUCAUUUUUCUCUUAACUUGAGGGAAGUUAAAGGCGUUGCGUUUCCAGUGUAGGUAAAUCAUGAUCUAAGUUAUUUUGUUAAGUAGGUUAGUUACUUUGUUUUGCAUAAUCGGUCGCCUUACCCGUCAACAAUGUACAAAGUUUUUUGUUAAGUGCUCGAAGGAAUGCGUGUCCCGUCGUCAUUCACGCUGGAUCCACACUGAUAAGGUCUGAGGUAGGCUACAAUAUUUUCAAUCAGAGGAGGAGAACGACGGGCGAAAAGUUUGGAAAAGUUUCAGUGGAGUUGCGGUGACAGACUGCGAAGGGUUAGCGACGCAGCUAUGGGAAACGGAGCGUGCUCUCGAAGACAGAGGAAGAUCUUCCAAUCUCUCUUAGCUAUCACUGUAAUUUUCGGAAUGAUUUACGGAGGUAUGGUCUCCUAUGAAAUGCACAAACAGCUGAAAAGGACCGAGGCAUUAGCGCUCAAGUACCAACAGCAUCAAGAGUCUCUUUCGGCACAACUUCAAGUUGUGUACGAACACCGCUCUCGCCUGGAGAAGUCACUCCAGAAGGAACGCGGGGACCACAAGAAAUCAAAAGAAGAUUACUUGGUGUACAAGCUGGAGGCCCAGCAGUCUCUGAACAAGGAGAAGGCAAGUGGAGCGCUCUGUCUCUGUCUCUGAUGUGCAGGGCAGCGGUCUGCUUGUGCGCCG